AUGGUCGCUGUGGUCUACUGGUUUCGAAAGGCGCUGCGCCUGCACGACAACCCCGCGCUGAUCGCCGCCGCCGAGGGCGCGUCUUCGCUCUACCCAGUCUACUGCCUCGACCCGAAGACCUGCUCGCGCGCGCGCGGCGCGUGGACCAACCCCAACCGGAUGCGGUUCCUACUCGAGUCGCUCGCCGAUCUGGACGCGUCGCUCCGCAAGCUCAACUCGCGGCUCAUUGUGCUGCACGGUGACCCGGUUGAGGCGCUGCCCGCCGCCUGCAAGGAGUGGUCCGCCUCGCGCCUGGCGUACGAGCUCGACUACGAGCAGUACUCGCUGCGCCGCGACAAGGCCGUGCGCUCGCAAGCCGAGCAGGCCGGCCUCGAGGUGGUGACGCGUGUCGGCCACACGCUGGUCGACCCCGAGGCGCUGCUGCUGCUCUCACGUGGCGCACCCGUCACGUCGUACGACAAGUUCCGCGGCCUGCUCGCCCAGGAGCUCAAGGCGCGCCCCGUCACGACGCUGCCGCCGCCAGCCUCGCUGCCGCCGCCCGGGCGCACCGCUGCUCCCCACGCCAUCCCCUCCCUCGAGGAGCUCGGCCUCGAGCCGAUGGGCGACGCGGCCGUCAUCGCGCGCGGCGGGGAGGGCGCCGCACUCCGCGCGAUGGAGGCGCACCUGCGCCGGCGCGACUGGAUCGCCAGCUUCGAGAAGCCAAAGACCUCGCCCACCGAGAUGCUCGCCGGCGGCCCGUUCGACGCGGGCGCCGGCCGCUCCACGACAGUCCUCUCGCCGUACCUCACCUUUGGCUGCCUGUCGAGCCGGCUGCUCUACGAGCGCGUCGCCGCCGUGUACGCGGAGGCGGCGCCGCGCCACUCGCAGCCGCCCGUCUCGCUGCACGGCCAGCUGCUCUGGCGCGAGUUUUACGUCUGCUGCAUGCACGCGACGCCAAACUACCGCCGGAUGGCUGGCAACCCGAUCUGCAGGCAGAUCUCGUGGGGCGAGGACGCGGCGCUGGUGGCGGCGUGGCGCGAGGGGCGGACUGGGUACCCGUGGAUCGACGCCGCGAUGACGCAGCUGCGGCGCGAGGGCUGGAUCCACCACCUCGCGCGCCACGCCGUCGCCUGCUUCCUGACGCGCGGCGACCUGUGGCAGAGCUGGGAGACGGGCGCUGCCGUCUUCGAGGAGUACCUGCUCGACGCGGACGAGGCGAUCAACUUUGGCAACUGGAUGUGGCUCUCGUGCUCGUGCUUCUUCUACCAGUACUUUCGCUGCUACUCGCCGGUCGCCUUUCCGCAAAAGUACGACAAGCAGGGCGCCUACGUCCGGCACUGGCUGCCGCAGCUCGCGCGCCUCCCGGCAAAGUACAUCUACGAGCCGUGGAAGGCGCCCAUCGCGGUGCAGAAGGAGGCGGGCUGCAUCAUCGGGGUCGACUACCCCAAGCCCAUCGUCGACCACCAGGCAGCCGCCGCC